AUGAAUACAACUUCAUCAAAUAUCUACAACCAACAACAACAACAGCAACCACUACCAACAGCACCACCACAACAACAUCAGCAACAACAGCAACAGCAACACUCUCAUCCUUAUCGUCAAGUAUCAUCAAAUAGUAACAAUUCAUCAAAUAUCACCCCAUAUCCUUUACUGGAUUAUAAUCAAAAUAGUCAAAGUGAUAGAUCUGAUAGUUCUCCAAGUAUGACUGAAGUAACAAGUGGUUUGGAGGAUUUACAUAUACCUUCAAAUCUUAAUAAAAGUUAUAUAUUACCACAACAACAACUGCAACAAUUUCUACAACAAUCACAUUCUCAACAACAUCCACAACAGCAUUUACAACAUCAACAACAACAACAACAACAACAACCACCACCGCCGCCACAAACUCAACAAACUCAUCAACCUUAUAGAAGCUUACUAAGUAAUAGUAACAAUGGCAGCAAUUACAAUAAUGGCAACGGUAAUGGUAAUUAUAACCUCGCCACGAAUAAUGGCAAUGGACAUCAAACUCCAAGAGUUUCAAGUUUACCAGAACACUUGGUCCCUCAUCUAAAUUUACCAAAUCAACAACCUUCACAACAAUCAACUAUACCACAACAAUCUCCACAAUUUCAAGCACAAACAUCUCCCAAUAAUCAACAAUAUUUUACACAACAACAACAACAAUACAAGGAUUCUCCUAAACUUGGAGUAAUCAAAUCACCUAAAACAACUGCAUUUCCACAAACAUCUGCUCCUUAUCCGGUAUAUACUUCAUCUACACCUCCUGCAGCUUUUGCAUCAAAAGACAGUGUUGUUGCCUCACCACCUUCAAAUCCUUUAUCAACUACAUCAUCUGUUGUAAAUUUGAAUUUAAAUAAUAAUAAUAACAACAUUACCAAUAAUAAUAUAGAUAAUCAAUUAUUUACAAAAUCAGAUACAAAUUUAACUACACCAUCAGUAUCAAAAUAUGGUCAUAAUAGAUCAGUUUCUUCAACCUCUUCAUUUUUUUAUGAUAGAAACGAUAAUAGUUCAAUGAUUGAUUUUAAUCAAAAUGUAAUUCAACUGUAUUUAGGAUCAAAUUCAUCAACUUUAAUGCCAAGAAUAAAAACUUUAGAAUUAUAUCGUAAAAAUGCUAAAAAAUCAAAUGAUCCAAAUGUCUUGUUUCAAUAUGCUCAAUAUAUGUUACAAACGGCUUUAUUAUUAGCUAUUGAAACAAAUUCUAAUUCAACUACAUCUUCACAAUCUUCAGGUAAUAAUACUCCACAAAGAUCAAUUGAAAAUUCACCAAUGAAAAAAAAAUCUGCUAGUAAUAAUAUAGAUUUAUCAAAUGUUGAAUCUAUUGAAGGAAAUGAAAAAAAAUUAAGAAAAGCAUUACUAAAAGAAGCUAUAUAUUAUUUAAAAAAAUUAUCAGAUAAAGGUUAUGUUGAAGCUCAAUAUUUAUUAGGUGAUGCAUAUAGUUCAGGAGCAUUAGAUAAAAUUGAUAAUAAAGAUGCAUUUAUAUUAUUUCAAGCUGCAGCAAAACAUGGUCAUGUUGAAAGUGCUUAUAGAACUUCAUAUUGUUAUGAAGAAGGUUUAGGUACAGGAAGAGAUGCAAGAAAAGCAGUUGAAUAUUUAAAAAUUGCUGCAUCAAGAAAUCAUCCAGCAGCAAUGUAUAAAUUAGGAGUUUAUUCAUUUUAUGGUAGAAUGGGAUUAGGAAUAGAUAUGAAUACUAAAAAAAUGGGUAUAAAAUGGUUAACAAGAGCAACUAAUGUUGCAACUGAUUUAACUGCGGCUGCACCUUAUGAAUUAGGAAAAUUAUAUUAUAAUGGAUUUGAAGAUAUUGUAAUUGAAGAUAAAAAAUAUGCAUUAGAAUUAUAUUCACAAGCAGCAGCAUUAGGUCAUACACAAUCAGCAGCAAUAUUAGGACAUCAUUAUGAAAUUGGAGAAAUAUUACCACAAGAUUCAAAUUUAUCAAUUCAUUAUUAUACUCAAGCAGCAUUAGCAGGAGAUCCAAAUUCAAUGUUAUCAAUGUGUGCAUGGUAUUUAGUUGGUUCAGAACCUUAUUUACCAAAAGAUGAAAAUGAAGCAUUUGAAUGGGCAAAAAGAUCAGCUAAUUGUAAUUUUUCAAAAGCUCAAUUUGCAUUAGCUAAUUUUUAUGAAAAAGGGAUUGGAUGUAUAAAAAAUUUAGAUGAAGCUCAAAUAUGGUAUAAAAAAGCUGCUGAAAAUGGUGAUGAAAAAUCUUUAAGUCGAAUUCAAAAUAAAGAAUUUGUUAAAAAUUUAAGUAAAAAUUUAAAAAAGAAACCAAUUGAUAAAAAUUAUAAUAAUGAUGGUAAUGCUGCUCAUGAAAAAGAUUGUAUAAUCAUGUAA